GACUAUUUUUGACAAGAAACAAUCCCUAUCUCGAUUCCGAAUUGUUGAUCGAUCAGUUGUUAUUUUUAAGUUUAUUUUUUAUAUUUUAAUACUUAUUUUGACAUAAAAUUGACGGAAAAUGGUUUACGACAAUCGUCAUCGUGUUUUUUUACAAGCUAUCAUGCAAGGUGGAGCUGUACUAGAUCAAACUGCAAAGACGAUGUUUAUACGAAUUUUUAGGGAAAAUCUAGACAUGUCUUCAACUAUUUCAGUAAUAAAUGACAAGUUAUCUACAAUAGCCAUGUCUAUGAAGACUGGAAUGUGUGAAAUAACUGGUCAGACAUAUUGGUGUGUUGUUGGAACAUUGCAUGAAGAUUCAAUCAAGAUCCCAUGUGAAUUUUCUAAAGCUCAACAAGCAUUUUUAAAAGAGGUUUAUUCUCAAAUAAUAAAUGCAGAUGAUGGGUGUAUUUCAAGUAUUGAUUGUUUAAGACUUAUACACAAUCUUGAUACAAAAUUUACAGCUACUGAUGCAGAAUCAUUUCUUAAAAAUGUUACGAGAAACAAAUGGUUACAUUGCCAGAAUGGCUUCUAUUACAUGGGAAUAAGAAGCAUUAUUGAACUCAUGCCUUAUUUUAGAGCCACUUAUGAAAAUUUCCAUAACUGCCAUUUGUGUAAAGAUGUUUUGUUUUAUGGAUUUAAAUGUGAACACUGCAAUAAAACGUAUCAUUUUUAUUGCAUAUCAAGAAAAAUAGCAGCUCAACAAGAAGAUAAGUGCCCAAAUUGCUUUGAAAAUAUGGAUUGCAGUGAAAUAAUAGAAUUCAACAAUACCCAGAAUUUAAAUGAAACACAAAAUGAGGAAAAUAAAGAUGAACCUAUGGAUGUUUCUGAUGAUGCAGUUAUUUCCCAGCCAUUCAGAGUACAAGAAAAAUCAAAAAGAAAGACAAGGAAUAACAAAUAAAAUUCAUAAAUUGAAAGAUUAUUAACUCAUCUGUAGUCACCAUUCCAGAACUCCAGGCAUGUAUUUAUCAAUGAGUUUUUUAUAAUAAGGCCAAAGAGCAUCAAUAUCAGGGACUUCUGCACUUUUAGUAUACAAAUCAUAUUUGCUA